GGUGAUUCUGCAUUGUGACCCCCCACCCCCUGCCAGCCACCGAAAUCCCACCCGAGCUCAGCCGAAGCCCAGCCACCAGCAGAAGUCGCGGUGCUCAGCCGACUUCCUCCAGCCAGCCACGGAAAUCUUAGAGGCGCAUAUUGUAAACUCCAAAGUAGAGCUGCUGUGGAAGACUGUGAGGCCCGAGAGUCAGGGACCUUCUUGGAAGGGGCUCAGGACGAAUUGGUCGCCCAGGCGCUGUUUGAUGGGCUCCUUUCUCCAGCCCCAGAAGCGGGUGGCUCAGGGACUUCAUUGAUCUGAGAACAUGAGUAGAGAGAAGGAAGAGGCGUUGUUUAGUAUACUCAGUAUUUAUGAUGAAGCAGAGGAGAGGAGGAACGUGCCAGAAAGCUCUGGCAUUUCCUCCCAGCAUGAGCACCAAGCAGAAUCCCACCUGGAGGGGGUGUAUGGGAUGUCCCAGCAGCCCCCCAGUUCCCUGACGCAGCAUGGCCUGGUUUAUCAGGAGAUGACCACUGGGACCCCGCAGCACUGGGUCCCCCAGACUCCAGGCACAUCUGAGCUCCAGGCCACUUGGCUCCCCCAGGCGGGGCCAGAAGCAGCAGCAGAGCUGGACCCCAGCUUCCUGCCAGGACCCGAGUUUGGCCGGCCUUGCCCUUCGCCUCCGCCCAGUGAAGAAGUCUGGUCAUUCCUCAGGGCAUUUCCUCCUGUUCCAGAUGAAGCGGUGGUCAGGCAGAGGGUCCCCCGGAGGUGCUGGAAGGUUGGCAGGCUCCGCCACGGAAAGAAAGUCUACGCCAUUGCCAUCAGCGGCUCAACUCACCACGUGUACACGUGUGGCCACGGCUACAUUAAGGUCUGGGACGAGAGCGCCCUGCAUGCCCGCAACAAGGCCCCGCAGGCCCAGCUGGACUUGCAGGACCAUCAGAACUGUGUCCUCGCCUGCAAGCUAUUCCCGGACGAGCAGCGCCUGAUCACUGGGGGUCUGUCCCGGAACCUGACUCUGUGGGAUCUGGCCCCCACACCCCGCGUCAGGGCCCAGCUGGCCUCCACGGGCCCCAUGUGCUAUUCCCUGGCUCUCUCCUCCAAUGCCCGGCUCUGCUUGGCUUGUUUCAAAGGAUUUGUCGAGAUCUGGGAUUUGCAGAACCAAAUCUUGAUCAGGAAGCACGAGGUCCCUGAAUAUGGCUCCCGCUGUGUGGACAUCGCAGGCAAUAAGUUCUGGACGGGGGGUGAAGACACCAGACUCUAUUCCUGGGACCUGAGGAGCUACCAGAGGUUGCAGCAGCACGAUUUACGGCAUGAGAUCCUUAGCAUUACCCACGACCCCAGCGAGGAGUGGGUGCUAGUAGGCCUGAGGACAAGCGAUAUCAUAAUUCUCCACACGCACCGGAGGGAGAAGUUUAAGGCAGUCCUUCAUAAAUACGUCAACCACCACAGCCUCAAGUUUGCCUCCUGUGGGAGCUAUUUUGUGACUGCACUGGACGAGGCGAUCCACUGCAUAGCCGCACCUUCUCUACAAAGGUUGUUUCAGGUAGAGGAGCCUACGGACGUCCUGUGUUGUGAUGUGUCUUCUGACAACCAGUAUCUGGUCACGGGCUCCAAGAACAGUGCCACGGUUUACCAGCUCUUGUACUGACGUUUGUGUGCCGUGUUCCUGUUGGUGACGACCCAGAGGAGGCCGGCAGGCUGAAGGGAUGGCGGCCUCCAUGCUCCCAUAACUCCAUCUGACCCUCGAUGGUCGGGCCUCUGUCCAUUCCCUCCCCCAGGACACACCUUGCUGUGCUCACAGGUUUUUAUGAUGCGGUGUAGAGGUUUUUCCUUUGUUCUUAU